CUCUCCGAAGCGCGCGGGCGGAUCCCGGUGACGUGUCUGCGCCGCUCCACAGCCGCCCGGCCCGGCUCGGCCGGCCUGGCCUCUGAAGAGGAGGGAAGGAGAAGAAGAAGAAAGGAGCGAGGAAGGAGGCAGCCGGAGAGAGAGAGAGGAGGGCCUCGCCUGGACGCCGCCGCUGCCGCUGCCGCUUCUCCCCGUCUCCGAGGCCUCCUUCCUCCUUCUUUCCCUCGACGGCACCAUGUUCAACGUGGAGAGCCUGGAGCGGGCCGAGCUCGGGGAGAGCUUGCUCACCUGGAUCCAAACAUUUAACAUCGAAGCACCAUGCCAGACUGUAGAAGAUUUAACCAGCGGAGUUGUGAUGGCUCAAGUCCUUCAGAAGAUAGAUCCAUCAUACUUUGAUGAAAACUGGUUAAACAGAAUCAAAACAGAAGUAGGAGACAAUUGGAGGCUAAAGGUGAGCAACCUGAAGAAAAUAUUAAAAGGAAUUUUGGACUACAACCAUGAGAUUUUGGGGCAACAAAUAAAUGAUUUCAUCCUUCCUGAUGUCAACUUGAUUGGGGAACACUCGGAUGCUGCUGAGCUUGGAAGGAUGCUUCAGCUUAUUUUGGGCUGUGCUGUAAACUGCGAACAAAAACAAGAGUAUAUCCAGACCAUCAUGAUGAUGGAGGAGUCUGUCCAACAUGUUGUCAUGACAGCCAUUCAGGAGUUGAUGAGUAAAGAAUCUCCAGUCACUGCUGGAAAUGAUGCUUACGUUGAUCUUGAUCGUCAGUUAAAGAAAACAACAGAAGAAUUAAAUGAAGCAUUAUCAACCAAAGAAGAAAUUGCUCAGAGAUGCCAUGAACUGGAUAUGCAGGUUGCUGCAUUGCAAGAGGAGAAAAGUAGUUUGCUAGCGGAGAACCAGGUUUUGAUGGAACGCUUGAAUCAGUCGGAUUCCAUAGAAGAUCCCAACAGCCCAGCUGGUCGGAGGCAUCUGCAGCUACAGUCACAAUUAGAACAGCUCCAAGAGGAAACUUUUAGACUAGAAGCAGCAAAGGAUGAUUAUCGAAUUCGUUGUGAAGAGCUUGAAAAAGAGAUAGUCGAAUUGCGGCAACAAAAUGAAGAAUUAACAAAUCUAGCUGAAGAAGCCCAGUCUCUAAAAGAUGAAAUGGAUGUACUAAGGCAUUCCUCAGACAAAGUGGCCAAGUUAGAAAGCCAAGUGGAUUCAUACAAGAAGAAGCUGGAAGAUCUUGGGGAUCUACGAAGGCAAGUUAAACUCCUAGAGGAGAAGAACACGAUGUACAUGCAAAACACUGUCAGCUUAGAAGAAGAGUUGAGGAAAGCCAAUGCAGCCCGCAGUCAGCUGGAGACAUACAAAAGACAGGUAGUUGAACUUCAGAAUAGAUUGUCUGAAGAAUCCAAGAAAGCUGACAAAUUAGAAUUUGAGUACAAGAUGUUGAAAGAAAAAGUAGACAGUCUGCAAAAAGAAAAAGAUCGCUUAAGAACAGAAAGAGAUUCGCUAAAAGAAACCAUUGAAGAGAUUCGAUGUGUACAAGCACAAGAGGGGCAACUUACUACAUCAGGAUUGUUGCCACUGGCAGGUCAAGAGUCCUCUGACAGUUUAGCAGCAGAAAUUGUUACCCCUGAAAUCAGGGAAAAACUUCUUCGUCUUCAACAUGAAAACAAGAUUCUAAAACUUAACCAAGAAGGAUCUGAUAAUGAUAAGAUUGCCUGGUUGCAGAGCCUUUUGGAUGAUGCGAAUCUUAGAAAGAAUGAACUGGAGACAGAAAACAGGCUUGUAAAUCAGAGACUGCUUGAAGUACAAUCUCAAGUUGAAGAAUUACAGAAAUCAUUACAGGAGCAAGGCUCAAAAGCAGAAGAUUCCGUAAUUUUGAAAAAGAAACUUGAUGAACAUCUUGAAAAACUACAUGAAGCUAAUAAUGAGCUCCAGAAGAAACGAGCUAUCAUUGAAGAUUUAGAGCCUCGGUACAAUAAUAGCUCACUCAAAAUAGAAGAACUACAAGAGGCUUUACGUAAAAAAGAAGAAGAGAUGAAGCAAAUGGAGGAGAGAUACAAAAAAUACUUGGAAAAAGCUAAAAGUGUUAUCCGUACCUUAGAUCCCAAGCAGAACCAGGGCUCAGCGCCUGAGAUUCAGGCACUGAAGAAUCAGCUGCAGGAACGUGAAAGGAUGUUCCACUCUUUAGAGAAAGAGUUUGAAAAAACGAAGAGUCAAAGAGAAAUGGAAGAGAAAUACAUUGUCAGUGCCUGGUACAAUAUGGGAAUGACUCUCCAUAAAAAAGCAGCAGAGGACAGACUUGCUAGUACAGGUUCAGGACAGUCCUUCCUAGCCAGACAGAGGCAAGCCACCAGCACAAGAAGAGCAUAUCCUGGCCAUGUUCAGCCCGCGACAGCGAGGUAGAGGCCGACCUUGCCUUGCCUUUUGAAAGGAAGCCAUCCUGGGAUCAACACCGACUUCUGUUACAAGUUACAGCAUUUCAGGAGACUUAGCCAGCAUCCUUUCUGUCUCUUACAGUUAACUUCUCAUAUCAGGAAGGGUUUUUUUAAAAAAAGAAAAGUUUUUCUAUAUUUUAAAUUCCCUUCGCUUUCUCUCUCUC